AUGAAGUUCUCCGGUUUCGCGUCUUGGGCCUUGCUGGCGGCCGCUGUCUCGGCCAUUCCCACCUCCAUUGUCGAGGAGGGCCACCUCUUGAACAAAAGAGCAGCCAUCACGGAUGCCGCCAACAUAGGCUACGCGACCCAGAACGGCGGAACCAAGGGCGGUGUUGGCGGUACCACUACGACCGUCACGAAUCUCGCUCAGUUGUCUGCUGCUGCCAACGCGUCCGGCCCUGGAAUCGUCAUCAUCCAGGGCAACAUUGUCGGCAAGGCCAAGGUGCAGGUUGGUUCUGACAAGACCAUUGUCGGGAAAACAGGCAGCUCGCUUGAAGGCAUCGGCCUCACCAUCUUGGGACAAAAGAACGUCAUCAUCCGUAACGUCAAGAUCAGCAAGGUCGAGGCGGCCUACGGCGAUGCCAUCACCAUCCAGCUGUCCAAGAACGUCUGGGUCGACCACUGUGACCUGUCCGCCACCCGCGACGGCGACAAGGACUUCUACGACGGCCUGACCGACCUCUCCCACGCCGCCGACUGGGUCACCAUCUCCCACACCUACUUCCACGACCACUCCAAAGGCUCCCUCGUCGGCCACUCGGACAACAACGCAGCCGAGGACACGGGCACCCUGCGCGUCACUUAUGCCAACAACCACUUCUUCAACGUCCGCAGCCGCGGCCCGCUGCUGCGCUUCGGCACCGCCCACGUCUACAACCAGUACUACAACACCAUGGACACUGGUCUGAACACCCGCAUGGGCGCCCAGGCUCUCAUCCAGAGCUCCGUCUUUGAGAAUGUCGGCAAGAAGGCUAUCUUCAGCGAGUCGAGCAAGGAGACCGGUUACGCCGUUGCCAUCGAUGUUGUUCUCGGCGGCCAGAGCGCGAACACCGCGCCCGUAGGCAAGCUCACGGCCAGCAGCCCCCCUUACAGCUACUCCCUUUUGGGAUCUGCCAACGUCAAGGCGGCGGUGACAAAGGAGGCGGGACAAACGCUUGGGUUCUGA